CCGUCAAUCACGCGUCGCUGCCAUUCCUUCCGCUGUGCGCUCGCCGAGAAGUCGUUUCCUCGCAGAUGCGUUCCAGUAUGGACAGUUUGAAACGGCGGUUCGCCGUGCCAUAACUUUCUCAAAUAGAACACAGUUAUACUUCCACUGAAGAAAAGAACAGAAGUGGCAAAUGGGAAGCUUGACGCGAUAACUACACACAUACAGCGAGCCAGCGUACGACAAGACGACUUGAGUUAAUUUUGAGAGUUGAUAAUAUUUCUUCAUUUUGGAGCGAGACGGAAAAUGCCCGUGGCGACUCUGCUGCCGUUCACGGCGACCCCGAGUAGGAAGUCCGCGAGCCCGACCUCCUUCAGACUCACCGAGAAAUUCAUCUUACUCCUGGUUUUCAGCGGCUUCAUCACUCUCUGCUUCGGGGCCAUCUUCUUCUUGCCGGACUCGUCCAAGCUGCUCAGCGGAGUGUUCUUCCACUCGUCCUCGGUGGAGAACGACGCCCGGGCGGGCACCGACGCCGGCGACUCCGGCAUCGGGACGGCGGGGGGCGGCGGCGGUGGCGGCGGCAGCGACCUCAAGAUCCUGGCCAAGAUUCGGCGGGACCACGAGAAGGCGCUGAUGGAAGCCAAAGACACCCUCCAGAAGCGGCCCGAUGAGAUCCAGCAAGCCAUCCGCAGCGACAAGGAGAAAGUUGCCAAAGACGUCGUGGUCGACAAGGGGGGCAAGGGCGACAGUUUGCCCGUCAUAGAGUACGUGCGACCCCCGGGGGCCACGGGGCGCGAGCCUUCGGACCCGGACGCCAGGGAGAAGAGGGCGAAAAUAAAGGAGAUGAUGAAGUUUGCCUGGGAAAGCUACAAGCGCUAUGCCUGGGGUUCGAAUGAGCUGCGGCCCGUGUCCAAACAGGGCCACUCCAGCAAUCUGUUUGGAAAUAUCCAGGGAGCGUCUAUUGUGGAUGCACUCGACACCUUAUACAUGAUGGAAAUGUACAACGAGUUUGAGGAUGCCACGGAAUGGGUUGAGAAGAACCUGGACUUCAAUGUGAACGGCGAGGUGUCCGUUUUUGAGGUCAACAUCCGCUUUGUUGGUGGACUGCUCUCAGCCUACUACCUGUCUGGGAAAGAGGUGUACAGGAGGAAGGCGGUGGAACUAGGGGAGAAACUGCUGUCAGCUUUUAAGACCCCCACUGGGAUUCCUUGGGCCCUCUUGAACCUGAAGAGUGGUGUCGGCAGGAACUGGCCUUGGGCUUCGGGUGGGAGCAGCAUCUUGGCAGAAUACGGCACCCUCCACCUGGAGUUCAUGCACCUGAGCAAACUGUCAGGGAAGCCCGUCUUUGCUGAAAAGGUCAUGAAUAUCCGCAAAGUGCUGAACCGCCUAGACAAGCCUCAGGGACUGUACCCCAACUACCUGAACCCCAACAGCGGCCAGUGGGGGCAGCAUCACGUGUCAGUUGGGGGACUGGGGGAUAGCUUCUAUGAGUAUCUCCUGAAGGCCUGGCUGAUGUCGGACAAGACAGACGAGGAAGGGAAGAAGCUUUAUUACGAGGCUCUGCAGGCCAUAGAGACAAACCUAAUCCGCAAGUCGAGUGGAGGGCUCACCUACAUCGCUGAGUGGAAGGGGGGUCUACUGGAGCACAAGAUGGGACAUCUGACGUGCUUUGCCGGUGGCAUGUUCGCUCUGGGUGCGGACGGGGCCCCUGGGGACAAGACCGGUCACCAGAUGGAGCUGGCCGCCGAGAUUGCACGCACAUGCCACGAGUCAUAUGCUCGUACCAACUUGAAGCUGGGCCCUGAAGCCUUCCGCUUUGAUGGAGGCGUAGAAGCCAUUGCCACGCGGCAGAACGAGAAGUACUUCAUCCUGCGGCCUGAAGUCAUCGAGACCUACAUGUAUAUGUGGCGUUUUACCCAUGACCCGAAGUACAGGCAGUGGGGCUGGGAGGCUGUACAGGCCCUGGAGCAGCACUGCAGGUUAGAUGGAGGCUAUAGCGGAGUGCGAGACGUCUACGCCGGCCGCCCCAGUCAUGACGACGUGCAGCAGAGCUUCUUCCUGGCUGAGACACUCAAAUACCUUUACUUGUUGUUCUCCGACGACAACCACCUGCCCUUCGAGCACUGGGUGUUCAACACCGAAGCCCACCCGCUGCCCAUCAUCAGGAAGGACAAGACAGACAAGCUCAGUGACCUGCAGUAGCCAGCCCAACCAGAGCCAGGUCCAGUCACACACAGAACUCCAACACCUCUGCCUUGUUAGCCCCACCCCUCCUGCUGCAGGGGGCACAGCUCAUUAUCUCUCACCUCCCUGCAGUGGGCGGAGCUAUCCCAGAAUGUUCCCAUAGACGGACAGCGUGCUCCCUAACGGUCUCGUCAGCCAGUUGCCCCACCAGCUGGAGAGGCUGACAGGUGUUCCAAGAUAAAUCUGAAACCUGCCCCCACCCCGACCCCCACCCCCAGACCACCCUUCCACUGCUGGUACCACCAAACUCCACAUUAUGCAGUGCUCAGAAGUUUAGAGCACUUGUCAACUUGUACCAAUUCAAACCGCAUGCUGCCCAAUUAGCCGCUGUCGCCCCCUCCCGGUGGCGUUCCGGCCUGGUGCGACAGGAGCCAGCCUCCUCUGUGAGGAGACCAGGAUGCUUUCCCGCUGUAAGUUCCGCCGUCACAGAAAAGCCAUACUGAUGUGAGGACGAAGCUUUAAGUUUCAGAGGCAAGGUUCGAUUCCCUGCGUGUUUGUGUGCGCAUGCGUGCACACACCUCUGUGUGACUGAAACCCCAUUGUGAUUCUGAACAAUCAGUGUGUUUUUUUUUGCCUGUGAUGUUUGUUUUGUUUUCUUGGUUGGGUAGCUCUUGGUAGUUCAUUUACUAGGACCACAGCUUUGGUCAUAAGACACAGGGCCCUGUUUUAAUUCUGGUAGCCAAUUCUCAGAUGUUGUAUCCAGUCAGAUUAAGAUAGUGCCUUUAGUCUAAAAUGGUAUGUAAAAAUAGGCAGUUAUACAAAUCACAGAAUUUUAAUUUAUUUUUGACAAUUCGUGUAGGUUUUAAGUGUGACUUCAUCACCUCAGCCACACUGCCAUCUAGUGGUGACUGUGAGACAGUUCAUCCCUCACCUGUGAAGGAGAUUAACUCGAAAGAUGAGACAUCUUGAUAGGAAAGUCCUGUGGAAACGACGUGGACAUAUUCACAACACAGUUGAUUAAUUUCUCCCAAUGAUUGCACUGGCGUUUAAAUGAAUCACUGGUAUCAGUAUAUCGUUAAAUUGACCACAGUUGGUCAAUUAAGAAUGACCAAGAAAUUUUCCCUGGUUUUGUGGAAUUUUUU